AUGGGACAAAUAAUUUUUCCCAGCACUGAGGAGGUGAAUACAGCACUAAAGUCCUUACAAGAGAAACAUAAAAACAAUGAAAAAAUGAAAGGAGAAUUUGAGAAACCAGUUCAACACAUCAAGUCUCAAGCUGAUCACACGGAGCGUCAGAUUAAACAGCAGUUUGAGAAGCUUCAUCAGUUUCUCAGAGAUGAAGAAGAAGCUACAAUCACUGCACUGAGGGAGGAAGAGGAGCAGAAGCAGAAGAUGAAGGAGAAGCUGGAGGAGCUCAACAGAGACAUCUCAGCUCUUUCACACUCAAUCAGAGACAUGGAGGAGAUGAUGAAAGCCAGUGACGUCUGCUUUCUGAAGGAGUUUCCAGUCUCAAUGGAAAGAGUCCAGAUCUCAUCACAGCCGGAUCCACAGACGCCUUCUGGAGCUUUGAUUGAUGUGCCGCGUUACUUGGGCAACCUGCCCUUCAGAGUCUGGAUGAAGAUGCAGGACAUCGUCCAGAACAUUGGUAGUAAGUGA